AUGUCUCCGGUCGUACUUGAAUCGCCCGUGCUGAGCAUCCACCAUUCACCCAUGGCGCACCUGCAGCAGUUCAACCCAAACACUUUGCCAGAUCAGCGGUCAGGUGCCCCGGACGAGUUUAGCUUCUCGUCGUCUCCAGCAGCGUUGCCGUCGCAAAGUCGCGGUCCAUGCGUCAACUGCGGUACCACAGAUACACCUUUAUGGAGGCGCGACGCAGACGGCAACUCUAUCUGCAACGCUUGUGGUAAGUCAUCAUUUAUCAGUUAUCGGGACCCCUUGCCCUUUGUAUGCCCUUUCCCCAUUUUUAUCUGGUCUCGGUCGUGCAACGAGGGAGCGCAGUUGUAG